AUGGCUGGUGGUAAGAAGCACCAAAGCACUCCCGAUACGGAAGUAGCUAACAUUAAACAACAGAAAGAAAAGGUAAUUGAAAAUAUUGAAAGAAUUAAAACUUCUUUCAGAGAAAAGAGAAUUUCGUUCAAUACAAUUGAACUAGAAUGUCGCUUAGACAUUCUUAAUAAAUAUAUUGAUGAUGCAAUGAGAUUGCAAUCCGAACUUGACAUUCUAGAUCCCGAUAAUAAUGAUCGAGAGCUGGCAGACCCUAAUUUCAAUGAACCUCGUAAAGUGGAUUUAUUGCUUGGCGCUGAAGUUUUCUUCGAACUUCUUUGUGUAGGCCAAAUCAAAUCGAAUCCAAGUUAUCCGGUUCUGCAAAAAACUUCUCUUGGCUGGAUCGUAGCUGGCAAAUACGAUGAGUCGAAGGGGUCGAAUUCAGGUGUAUGUCACUUGAAUGUUGCCAUAGAAAAUGAUGAAACUAUUGAUACAAUUGUUAAGAAAUUCUGGGAGUUGGAAGAAAUUCCAAAUAAUUGUGCUAAAAUUCGGUCUGAGGAACAUCAAAAAUGUGAGGAACAUUUCCAAAAAUAUGUUCGACGUUUAUCGUCAGGACGCUUCCAAGUGUCUUUACCUUUCAAAGAAGAUGUGAGACUUUUGGGUUCGUCAUUUGAAACUGCCAAAAGGCGGUUUCUGGCAUUGGAAAGAAAACUUUCUCAUGACGUCACAUCUAAAGAAAUGUAUAAUUCUUUCAUGAAAGAGUAUCUUGACUUAGGUCACAUGGAAAAAACGAACAAUAAAAUUCCUAACAACCCACAUUAUUUCAUUCCUCAUCAAUGUGUUUUCCGACCUCAAAGUACAACUACGAAACUUCGCGUCGUUUUUGAUGCAUCGAGUAAAACAUCUUCACAUGUUUCACUCAAUGAUCUCUUGAUGGUAGGUCCAACCAUUCAAGAAGAGUUGUACUCAACGUUACUUCGAUUCCGCUUACACAAAUACGUAAUUACAGCAGAUAUUGAGAAAAUGUAUCGUCAAGUUUUAAUCGACGAAAAAGAUAGAGAUUUUCAUUUAAUCCUUUGGAGGCAAAACGAAAGUGAUCCAUUGCAAAUUUUCAGAUUGAAUACGGUCACCUAUGGUACUUCGUCCGCUCCAUUUCUAGCAAUUCGUUGCUUAAACCAUUUGAGCGAUUUGUCCAAAGAGACUUGGCCUAUUGGUGCCAAAGUUAUAAGCAACGACUUCUAUGUGGAUGAUUUAUUGACUGGUUCCGCUGAUUUGAAUAGUCUUCUCACAAUUCGAGAUGAAGUCACAACUAUUCUCAGUUCAGCGGGAUUAAAUCUCACAAAAUGGUUUUCUAAUCAUCCAGAUUUUAAUGAGACAACUUGUAGUGAAAAGUUGUUACACUCGGAUUCCGAGACUGCAAGGGCAUUGGGUAUUCAUUGGGCCCCAAGAAACGAUGUUUUGAAAUUUUACAUAGAGGGAGGCUUCCAAGAUCUGAAAGCUACUAAAAGACACAUUUUGUCAAUAUCUUCACGUUUGUUUGAUCCCCUCGGCCUUUUGUGUCCAAUAAUAACCAAAGCCAAAAUGUUAUUGCAAGAACUUUGGAUUAAUAAAUUAGACUGGGAUGAAUCGAUUCCCAUGCGUUUGAGUUCAGUCUGGGAAGAUUUCAAAUUCAAUCUUUCAAA